AUGCCGCCGUCCCCCGCCGCGUCCGCCCCGGCGAGCCGCCACCUGCGCCUCUGGUGGCGCCGCCGCGGCCGGGCCGGCGCCGUCGCGGCCACCUUCGCCGCCGCGCUGCUCGCCGCGGCCCUUCUCCUCUCGCUCUCCUACUUCGCCUCCCUGCCCCUUGCGCCCUCCUCCUCCUCCGCCCUCGUCGGCCUCACCCUCCUCCGCCGCGCCGAGGAGAAGGGCGCUCUGUGCUUGGACGGGAGCGCGCCGGGGUACCAUCUGCAGAGAGGGUCGGGGAGUGGGUCUCAGAGCUGGCUCAUCCACUUGGAGGGUGGAGGCUGGUGCCGAAAUUUGAAAUCAUGCGCUUCACGUCAGAAAUCGAUGCUGGGUUCUUCCCAUUACAUGGAACGUCAGGUUGAAUUUGCUGGGAUGUUGAGCGAUGAUGAAGAUCAGAAUCCAGAUUUUCACAACUGGAAUAAAGUGAAGAUAAGGUAUUGCGAUGGGGCAUCAUUUUCUGGGAACGUCAAAGACGAGUUUCAGAAUGGCACACAAUUCUUUUUCCGAGGCCAUCGUAUCUGGGAAGCAGUUAUGGAUGAACUUCUACUGAAGGGGCUCAGACAUGCUAAACAGGCUUUUCUAACAGGGUGCUCUGCUGGUGGGUUAGCCACUUACAUUCACUGUGAUGGUUUUCGGGCACUGCUGCCAAAAGAUUCUAGGGUUAAGUGUCUUGCGGAUGGUGGUUUUUUCCUUGAUGUAGAGGACAUUUCCAAGCAAAGGACCUUGCGGGCUUUCUACAGUGACGUUGUCCGUCUUCAGGAUCUCAAGAGGAAGUUUUUGCACUGCAGCUCAAGCAUGGAACCGGGCCAGUGCUUCUUUCCUCGUGAAAUUGUUAAAGACAUCAGGACACCAGUAUUUGUUCUUAAUCCAGCAUAUGAUGCCUGGCAGGUACAACACGUGUUGGCACCAGAAGCAUCGGAUCCCCAACAUUCAUGGCAAGAUUGUAGGUUGGAUAUUAGCAAGUGCAGUCCUGACCAACUUGAAAUACUCCAAGGUUUUAGGGAAGAGCUCCAUGACGCGAUGAGAGAAAUCAAGCAGAAAAAGGACUGGGGUAUUUUCAUUGACUCCUGCUUUAUACACUGUCAGACGUUGAACUCUGUGACUUGGCACUCUCCAUCUUCUCCUAGAGUCAACAACAAGACCAUGGCAGAAGCGGUUGGAGACUGGUUCUUUGACAGGAGAGAGGUGAAGGAACUAGAUUGCGAAUAUCCGUGCAACCCAACGUGCCACAACUUGGUUUUUUCCAAGCCCUUCAAGGGAUAAAUUUACGAUUCUUUUUUCUUUUCUUUUUAUCUUUUCACUGUGAUGUAUCACCUAGCAGUUGUAAAAAUAGCAAAUUAUACAUAUGAAUAUAUCUGGACCGCAGGUAACUGUUACCAACUUUUCAGAAAACAAUAUGGAGACCAUGGUUUCAUAUUGGCAAAAUGCCCAAAUUGUGCAUAUGAAUA